AGAUGGACAUUGGUUUGAUUCUGUAGCUGUCUUUAAUUCCAUUUCCUGUUCAAAUUGAUUAAGCAAGCCUUACCAUGCAGAUGGAGUACAUACGAAAAAGAAGUUUGGGUCAACAGACUGCUGCGCUCUUGUGGAAAAAUAUAAUUCUGAAAUGGAGGAUGAGAAUGCAGAGUUUUCAGGAAUGGUUUUGUUGCCUGGUUCUCUUCAGCAUAAUACUGUUAUCAGUAUUUUGGGUUUUAUAUCAGGAAACUGGCGAAAUACCUCAUGCUCUCCUCGGAAAACCUUCAUUUAAUAUUACUGGAGUUAAACUUUUGUAUGCACCAAAUACUAAGAUGUCAAGAGAAAUAAUAAAGAAAAUAGAAACACUCUCUCCUCUAAAAGGUAUUGAGACAAAAGUGAUGGAAGAUGAGAAGACCAUGAAAGAUGAGAAGAUCAUGGAAGAUGAGAAGGUCAUGGCAUCAGUGCAGGACUUCGACUUAGAUAUUAUUGGAGUUGUAUUUCAAGAUGAAAUGUCCUAUCGACUCCGAUUUCCUCUCUAUAGAACAGUUUUACCACACAAAGGACUUGCUUUUAUAGAUACGUGUUUCAACUUUUCUUCAAUUUAUUGUGAAAAUCCAAGGUAUUGGACUCAAGGCUUUGUCUCAUUGCAAUCUAGCAUUGACAGUGCACUUAUUGAAAGGAUCACCAAUCACUCUGUUUGGGAAGAAAUGACUUCUAUUAAUGGCAUCCGUAUGAAAUCACCUUCUGUUACAAUAGGAUCUGAAUUACAAAAUGGUGUGUUGCUUUGGACCUUAUCACUGUGUUUUGCUCCAUUUAUGUAUUUCUUGACACUAACUCUUUCAAGAGAGAAAAGGAAAUUAAAGGAGUUGAUGAAGACGAUGGGACUACGAGAUGCAGCAUUCUGGCUCUCCUGGGGUUUGCUAUAUACCAUGUACAUCUUAAUUCAAAGCAUGGGGCUGACGUUUUGUCUGAAAGCUACACAUUUUUACCUAAGCAGCAGUUCUAUCUUAUUUGUCCUGUUUUUCCUUUAUGGCAUUUCAUCUAUAUGUCUCUGUUUCAUGUUGAGUUCUCUCCUAAAGAAACCCAGAAUCACUAGUUUUUCUAGUUUCAUCUUGAUUUUUUGUUUGGGAGCCCUCAACGUUGCUACAACAAUCAGGUUGAUACCUCCAAGUUUGGAGUUGAUUUUGAGCAUCUUCUCCCCAUUUGCCUUUGGCGCUGGGCUUUCAAAGAUUCUCUAUUUUCAAAAAUAUGGAAGGACCUUUGACUUUACUGACUUAAUGUUUGAACCAUAUGGUUAUUGCUUGCUUAUUGACAGCCUCUUAUAUAUGCUGCUGGCUUUCUAUUUUGAUAAAGUUGUGCCUGACAAAUAUGGAGUGCCUUAUCCUCCAUUGUUUUUCUUGAAGAAGACCUAUUGGUGUAAACCAAAAAGCCCCUAUACUGGUGAUGCUCCUACGAGUGAAUGGAGUCACGGGAGUAUCUUCAGUGACAAUGCUGAGCCUGUGCCUCCUGAAUUCAAUGGGAAGGAAGUCAUAAGACUAAAUAACAUUAAAAAAAUAUAUAAAAUGAAAAGCACAGAAACAGAAGCUUUGAAAGGAUUGUCCUUGGAUAUUUAUGAAGGUCAGAUCACUGCAAUACUUGGUCAUAGCACAUCUGGAAAAACUACAUUGCUAAACAUCCUCAGUGGACUUUCCAAACCAUCUGAUGGUUUUGCAUCCAUAUUCAAGUACAAUGUAUGUAAAAAGGAACAGAUGGAAAAGAUUUGGGAAAUAAGUGCUAUCUGUCCACAAUGGAAUAUUCAAUUUGAAUUUUUAACAGUGAAAGAAAACUUAACAACAUUUGCUAAAAUAAAAGGGAUACCAUCCAAUGCUGUAGAAAAAGAGGUUGAAAAAUUGUUGACACUCUUGGACAUCAAGGCCAUUCAAAACACCCAAGCUAACCAUUUAAGUGGUGGACAAAAACGAAAAUUAUCUCUUGGUGUUACAUUUUUAGGAGAACCACAGGUGUUAUUAUUAGAUGAGCCAACUUCUGGAUUGGAUCCAUAUUCUAGACACCAAGUGUGGUCUCUCCUGAAUGAACGCAAAGCAGAUCGAGUCAUUUUAUUCACUACCCAGUUCAUGGAUGAAGCUGAUAUCCUUUCUGACCGGAAAGCUAUUAUCUCACAUGGGAGGCUGCAGUGCGUUGGUUCAUCCCUGUUCUUGAAGAAAAAAUGGGGCAUUGGCUAUCAUUUAAGGAUGCAUACAAAUCAGUUUUGUGACUUUGAGAGAAUAACAUCACUGGUCAAACACCACAUCCCUGCUGCAAAAAAAUCAGGACAACGUGAGAAUGAGCUAAGCUAUACCCUGCCCUUACAAAAUGUGGAUAAGUUUUCAGAUUUGUUCAAUGAUAUGGAUCAUCAGACAAACCUAGGGCUCAUUAAUUAUGGAGUUACCAUGACGACUCUGGAAGAUGUCUUCCUGAGGUUAGAAGGAAAUGAAAAUAUGAAGGAAGAAGAUUAUGGAAUUCUUCAUGAAGGGGAAGCUGCAGGAAAGGAUGAAACGGAACAGGAUUGGCUGUUUCUCUCAGACACGGGAAAGGUGACUGUGGAAGGUGCAGACCUCUGGAGACAACAAGUUUGUGCCAUUGCAAGAAUGCACUUUCUAAACCUCAAGAGAGAGAACAAACUCUGGGGAACCUUGCUACUACUUACUGGAGUUAUGUUAGCACCUUAUAUUAUCCAAUUUACAAACUACUUUGUUUGGGUGAAUCUUCAGUAUGAAGAGAUUCAUCCUGGGCUUUAUUUUGAGCCAGGGAAACAGUUUUUCAAGGGGACAUCAGGACUUCUGGUCCUUAAUAAUACAGGUGGAAAAAUAGAUAAUUUUAUCCAGGCACUGAAAAGUCAAAACAUCCUGAUGGAUGUCAUCUCUGGUAACAUAGUCAAUGAUCAGCUGGUUCACAAUGGGGCCAUCAAAGUAGAACUUGAAAACAAGAAAUACAGGUUUACACUUAUGUGCCACAUGGAAAUAACUAACUGCUUUCCUGUGCUUGUCAACACUAUCAGCAAUGCACUUUUGCAUAUGUUUAAUUCUACUGCCCAUCUUCGAACCUGGAAUCAUGUAUUUAUCACAGAUAAUUUAAAUUCUGAAUUCUGGGUUUUUAUGGAAAUAUACAUGAUUACAGCCUCAUUUAUUUUACCUGCUUUUCCACCACAAUUUGCAAUGCGAAGCAAUCAAGAUUACAUGAUAAGAACUCGCUCCCAGCUGCGGAUUGCAGGACUUUUUCCUUCUGCCUACUGGUGUGGACAAGCUCUUGUGGAUAUGCCCCUGAAUUGUAUUCUACUUCUUUUAGUUCUUUGGCCAUGGUUUUUAAAAAUAGGAGUUGCAGAUCCUCAGUUUAUACCCAGCUUGAUUUUCUGCUUGGUGGCAUUUUUCCUUGGCUACAGCAUAUCAAUUGUUUUAUUCCUAUAUAUAAUUGCCUUCAUAUUUCGCCAAAGAAAGCAUACUGCCAGUUUUUGGUCGGUCAUCUCUAUUUUAGUCAUGCUGCUUUUGUUCAUAACUGCCGGGAUGCUUUCAAUUACAGUGCAGUACAUAGGCAACCUGUUAAGUUUUUUUGUUCCUACGUUUCCAGUUACAACUUUUAUAAUUACUUUUACAAGGCUACUGGUAGGCCCUUAUGCUGAUGAACAUGAUGUUUCACCUCUGACACCGCUCUUUAUAUCUACUUUCAUGCCCUACUUGCAGAGUAUAAUCCUCAUAUUUUUACUGCGUUAUCUGGUGAUGAAAUAUGACCAGACAGUUAUGAGAAGAGAUCCUAUUUUUAGGUUUUCUCCACGAAGAAAAAGAACCCAUCAGAAUCCUGAAGAGCUCAGCCAAGCAGAUGACAGAGAUGUCCUAGAUGAAAGGACCAGAGUUCAGAGUGCACUGACUUCUGUCAAUGAAGGAGAGAAACCAGUUAUCAUUGUCCAUGACUUGCGCAAGGAAUACCAACAUGAGAAGACUUGUUCCUCUUCUUGCUUCAAGAAGAAAAAGGAAGAAAAAAAAGUGGCUACUAGAAACGUCUCCUUUUGUGUUAAAAAAGGAGAAGUUUUAGGGCUUUUGGGACCCAAUGGAGCUGGUAAAAGUACAACAAUUAACUUGAUAACAGGAGACACAGAGCCAAGUGCAGGACAGGUGAAUAUUAAAGGAGCUGAUGGAGCUAUGACAGAGGAAAAUGCUGCUCUUGGCUACUGUCCUCAGGAGAAUGCACUCUGGUCCAAUCUGACCAUGAAAGAACAUUUGGAGAUUUUUGCAGCCGUAAAAGGGAUCAGGAAGGAUGAUGCUACUAUGGCCAUAAAUCGAAUAUCUCAAGCUCUAGAACUCCGAGGGCAUUUAAAAAAGAAAAUAAAGACUUUAGCAGCUGGAUUAAGCAGAAAACUGUGCUUUGCUCUGAGCAUAUUGGGUAAUCCCACUCUGAUACUUUUGGAUGAACCAACCACAGGCCUGGAUCCAAAAGGGAAGCGCCAGGUGUGGAGAGCAAUUCACACUAUGCUGCAGGACAAGGAAGAAGGAGUCAUUUUGACAACUCACCACAUGGAGGAAGCAGAGAUGUUGUGUGACCGAGUAGCCAUCAUGGUGUCUGGUCAGCUCAGGUGCCUUGGUUCAAUUCAGUAUUUGAAAAACAAAUUUGGGAAAAAUUACUUGCUACAAAUAAAAGUAAAGGGAGUAGAACAAGGAGAUCUUGUGAAUACUCAGAUUCUAAAGAUUUUCCCACAAGCAGCACGUCAAGAAAGGAUAUCCACUUUGUUGGCCUAUAAGAUCCCAAUGGAAGAUGCCUUGCCUCUCUCUAGAGCCUUUGCCAUGCUAGAAGAUGCUAAACAGCGCUUCAGUCUUGAAGAGUACAGCUUUUCUUUGAACACUUUGGAACAGGUAUUCCUGGAAUUGUGCAAAGAACAUGAGCGAGAUUAUUUCGAAUUGACUCCAACUUCUGAAUGGAGAGAACUGUAACACCAAUAAGAUAGUUGAAAGACUAAUCAAUAACCAAGACAAACAGCAGUUUUUCCUCCAGCAAAAAUGAAAGGACAAAUAGGUUGAGCACUCUAAGGAAUGUUGUGUCUGGAUGUCCCAUGAACAAAAGAUAUUCUGUAGUCUUCUCUAUGUUUAAUGUAUGCCUAGUUGUCUGUUAGAUUAAUCCUCAUAUUUAUCAUGUCUAGAGAUAUAACAUUUCUGAAUAUUUCACAACUAACUGCAAAAUGAAUGUUUCUGCACCAGUUUGUUUUUCAUGAGAAAAACUGGAAAUGGAAAUAUAUAUAUUUAAAAUAUAUUCUAGCAUACAGAUGGCAUAUUUUUUGUCAGAAUGUUUUAAUAUUUUUAAUGCAGAUAACAAUUCAAUGUAUGCCCAGUGUUUAUUGGGUGGAUAAAGAAACACCUAUACCAGUGGUGGGUUUCCAUUUUUUUUACUACCGGUUUGCUCGUGCAUGCUUGUGUGUACGUGACGCUUUUGUGCAUGCGCAGAAUCAUCCAGACAGGUGGGCAAAGCCUCCCACUGUCACCACUACCGGUUCAUCUGAUCCGGGCCAAGCCGGUAGAAACCCAUCUCAGACCUAUACUCUAAAUACCUAUGUAUUGUUGCAUUCCUCAUCUUAUACUCACUACUUUGUAGCCAAGUGUCAUUUUUUCAGUGUUGUCACAUGAAAAGAUAUAUUUAUGUAAAUAUUUACAAAAUAUGAGGGGGUGUACUGACUUCUGUGAUAUAUUGUAUGUAUUGUUGCCAUCCUCAUCUUCCAUUUUAAUAAAUAGUAAUAUAGCUGACUCAAUUAACUAUUGCACUAGGAGCCAUUAAAUAUCAUCACAAAUUGUUUGCCAAUCUGCUUCUUGUGAAAUGACAAGAACAAGAGAUGAAUAAGCUUUUUAAAUAAGAGAAAUCCCCAUAUGCCAUUGUUAAACCAUUAAUUUGACAGAAAAAUAUACUGUUCUAUCUAAGGGACUAUUUUUGCAGCCUUUAUAGAUUUAAAACCAGCCUUUGAUGCCAUUCUCUGUGAUAUGACUUGGAAGAAAUCUGAAAAGAUCACAAUAGAUUGUUGGUCAUUCCAGUUGACUAAACAGCUGGAAGUGGAUGCUCCUCUUCAGAUUAGAAGUAAUAACAGGGACAAUUUUCUUCCCCAUCCUAUGGGAGGAAGGGGAUAAGGAAGGCUGCGUAUUAACAUAGAGUUUGUCUAAUUUUUAUAUUUUAUAUUAAAAUUAUCAAAAAAAUUACUGACUUAAUUUGAUGGGUAGGUUAAAAAUAGUUUUGUCACAUAUAGAUAUAUUUAUUAGCCCCAAUUGGGUAGAGAAUAUUAUGGGUUUUAGCUCUUUGUAAGGAGAACAGUCUGUUGAUAAAUUACCAAAAGACAAAGUUACUGUUUUCAAACUACUAAGCACACACAAAAUUGGUAACUAAAUAGAGACAAUAUUCCUGUAAAAAAUGAGUGCAUUUAUAAA